AUGGGUAAAAAGUCAAAAGCUAAUAACAACAACAAUAAACAAGCCAAUAAUAACACUAAUGGUAACAACAAACAAAAGAAGAUAAGCAAAUCGGAAUCCAAAGUUGAGGAAAAUACAUUCACAGAGGAACAAUUAAAAAUCCAUAGAGAAAAUGUAGUAAAACUCACCAAGGAUCUUGCUGCUACCGAUGAAGGUUUUAGAACAAGAGCUGCCGAAAGAUUCCCAACAUUUUUGAAGGAAACUAAAUUCAACAAGUUGGAUCUUGAUACUAAUUUUAUUGAUUUUAGAAAAUUGUGGAAAGGUGCAUUGUACGGAUUUUGGCUGUGUGAUGGUGAAUUUAAACAACACGAAAUGGCUCAACUCUUGGCAGAAUGUAUUCACCACGUGAAGGGAGGCGAAUCAUCUCCACACGAAUUACCUAUUGCCUUUUUGAGAGCUUUCUUUGAUGAACUCUUUGAAACAUGGCCAAGACUUGACAAACACAGAAUGGACAAAUAUUUAAUGUUAGUGAGAAAAGUAAUGCAACAAGCAUUCGUGUUUUUGAACAAGACAGCUCAAUACAAACUAGAAGCAGUUGAGGAAUUUAUUGAAUUCAUUUUAGAAGAUGGUAUUUUCAAUAAUGAGGAACGUAAAUUAUUAGCAUCUUUGCAAAUUCACAUUGCAGAAUUAUUCUUCUUGGAAUUGGUUCAAUAUGGUGGUCCUCAAGUUGAAAAUGAUUCUGACUAUCAUCUCAAUGAAGAUGCAUUGAUGAAAUUCGUCCAAUUCUUCAUCAAAGAUUUUGCCUCUACAGAAAAUAACAGUAUCAAAAAGACAUACAAGGAAGAAAUGUUCGAUUUACUUGCUCAAUAUCAAUCAGUUGAAGGUGAAAGUAAACCUGAAGAAGAGGAAGAGGAGGAAGAAACCGAAGAAAAUGGAGAUGCUAUGGAAGAUGAUGAAGAUGAUGAUGAAGAUUUACCACUUGAUGAAUUUGGUAAUGUCAGACAAAUUGUUAAAGAUAGACCUUUACCUGUCAAUAUCGAACGUAUUGUCAAGGAAUUCGAAAAAUACAAGACUGGAUAUGAAAACUCGGAUGUCUGUGUUGAAUACUAUGAAAAAUUCAAGACUAGAAUUAUUACUCUCGAUGAUUUAUAUUCUGAAUUGGAAGAAGUUGAAACUACUGUAUCUCAAAAAGAACAAGCUAAGAUUGAAAGGAAGAAGAAACAACAAGAAAAGAAAGCUCAACAAGUUAAUGAAAAUAAGAAACCACAAGAAAAGAAGCAACAACCUGAAAAGAAACAAACUGAAAAGAAAGUAGAAACAACGCCACAAGAAAAGAAACAAAAGAAGGAUAAUAGUAAGGCAACCGAACAAAAGAAGAAGGAAGAAGAGGAAAAGAAAAAGCAAGAAAAAUUAGAACAAGAAAGAUUGGAACAAGAAAAGAAAGUUCAAUUAGAAAAGGAACAAAAGGAAAGAGAAGAAGCUGCUGCUGAAGAAAAGAAACGUAAUCAAUUGUUAAGUAAGGUGAAAUCCGUGAAAAAGCUGCUCAAGGACAAGAAGCCAAUCACAAGUACUGCUACCUCUUCUGAAGAAAAACAAGAAAAGAAGAAGGUUAUAAUUGACCUCGAAAAGAAUCAAGUUAAAACUUUCAAUAAGAAGGAUAUUGUUCCAAGUUUACCAGUCGAUUUAACAUUUUCACCAACCAAAGGUUUAUUGAAAACGAAACAAGACAAGAAGAGAAGUUCCGAUUCUUCAGAUAACUCUCAAAGAUCUUCAAAAAAGAGAAAGUAA